AUGUCCGCUCAACAAUCUUCGCAAGCAUUCCGGUUUAUGGACCUCCCCGGUGAGAUUCGUAACAACGUGUACGAUCUGUUACUAUGCUCUUGGGACGAGGACCUCGAACAAGACCAAAACUCCAAUGGCACUUUCAGCAGACGGUUUUUGAAGUACCCAGCGACAGCCCUCCUACGCACCAGCAAGCAGGUCCACAGCGAAGCAUCCGACUAUAUGGCCAAACGGAACCAAUUCGUCCACAUCACAUGUCGAGGCAUGGACAUCAGACGUUUAUUCCUCCACGAAGUCCCCGUUGUCACAUCCGAUGAGCGCAAAACGAGCCAGUUCAUGGAGUAUGCAAUGCACCUGACUCUUACUAAGCCUAUGCUUUCAAGCACUACUUUCGAUCCCUCCGAGUACAAACUGAUGGUACUGUGCUCUGACCUUCCAUUUCUCUGCGAGAAGCUCGAUAUUGAGAGUGCGAUGAUGGAUGUCAACGUGACUGCAGACGAGCAUAGGUCAAUCCGUGCUGAAAUCGGUUUUAAUCACACUUACGCACCACUAUCCAUUGCGAAGUUCCAAGAGCGACUUCUACGUCCAAUUGCGACCCUCGUACGCGGUAUCCCAAAUCUCAGUAUCCGCGGCCCUGUCGACUCCAUCCUCGCUAGAGCUGUCAUUGAAGAGACCGCCAAACCCCGAUGGACAGAUCCUGACGCGAUACUCGGAGAGAUCCGUACCGGUGUAGAUGUCGGCAAGCGUCAGUGGCAGCAGAACAACUACUACAUGGCUUCCGAGUCUUGGAACUAUUCCAUGCGUACUUUAGAGCGCAUGCGUCACAGUUCUUCCUGGGUUAAGCUAAGAGAAACCGGCGGGGAAGACUUCGUGAACUCGACAGCAGAUCUAUACUUCACGCUCAAUCUCCUGUCUGCGCAGUUCAUCCAAGUGGACAUGGAAAACGAGAGUGACCAAACCUUCAUAAAGAGCAGUGGUAACAUCGCGAUUCAACAUCUGCAGAAAUGCAGAAUGACGAGUGCACGGUUCGCUCUACACGCUGCUGCUACCUGGACACCAAACAACAUGCAACAAGCCAAGAUGAUGUAUCGUCAUGCUAAAUGCCUUCGACUAAUGAAGGACUCUGCCAACGGCGCGAAAGCUUUACGCCUCAUCCAGGCGGCGGUGGCGCUUUCUCCUUUGGGUGACAGGGUACUAGAGAAAGAGGAAAAAGAUAUUUUAGAAUGGAAUGUUGAUAUCCGGGCUGAGACGGUGAUGGCGGGGAUGAUCGAAGAUGCGCGGCAAGAUACGCAUGCGCAGAGCCAGAGUAUUCUGGGUUCACUCUGGUCUUACGUGUGGUCUGGUAUCUCCGAGCUGGCGUCAUGA